CCAGUCCCUGUCAUCUGACCAUGUGGAUCUGGUGGUUCCUGCUGGCUAUGGGCGCCUGUGCAAGGAACACAUACUCCCAAGACACCUGCCGGCAAGGACACUCUGGCAUCCCUGGGAAUCCAGGUCACAAUGGUCUACCAGGAAGAGAUGGACGAGAUGGUGCCAAGGGUGACAAAGGAGACAUAGGAUUACCAGGACAUCCCGGUGGCCCAGGGAAGGAUGGAAUUCGUGGGGAAAAAGGAGAACCAGGAGAAGAUGGAAGAGUUGAAGCAAAAGGCAUCAAAGGUGAUCCGGGCUCCAGAGGAUCCCCAGGGAAGCAUGGCCCAAAGGGAUCCAUUGGUCCUACCGGAGAGCAAGGGCUGCCAGGAGAGACUGGCCCUCAGGGGCAGAAGGGAGAUAAAGGCGAUGUGGGCCCCACUGGUCCAGAAGGACUGGUGGGCAGUACUGGACCUUUGGGCCCCAAGGGCUUACCUGGCCCAAUGGGCCCCAUUGGCAAACCAGGUCCUAAGGGAGAAGCCGGACCCAUGGGCCCCCAGGGGGAGCCCGGAGUCAGAGGAAUAAGAGGCUGGAAAGGUGAUCGAGGAGAGAAAGGGAAAGUGGGAGAGGCUCCCAUCUUCCCCAAGAGUGCUUUCACAGUGGGGCUCACGGUGAUCAGCAAGUUCCCUCCUCCUGAUGCACCCAUCAAAUUUGAUAAGGUCCUAUACAAUGAACUGAACCAUUACAAUGUAGCGACAGGGAAAUUCACCUGCCAUGUGGCUGGUGUCUACUACUUCACCUUCCACAUCACUGUUUUUUCCAGGAAUGUGCAGGUCUCUUUGGUCAAAAAUGGGGCUAAAGUCCUGCAUACCAAGGAUGGUUACAUGAGCUCCGAAGACCAGGCCUCCGGUGGCAUUGUGCUGGAAUUGAAGCUUGGGGACGAGGUGUGGAUGCAGGUGACAGGAGGAGAGAGGUUUAAUGGCUUGUUUGCAGAUGAGGAUGAUGAUACCACAUUCACCGGCUUCCUUCUCUUCAGCAGCUCAUGACACAAAGGACUCAUCAUGGUGCCCCAAACUAGCUCAGGGAAGGUGGGAUGUGACUGUAUCCACUCCUCCAAUUAUUGUAUCAAUCCUAAAAUGUAGAGGUGGAAUGCUAAUCCUACAAUUCCAGUCAUUU